AUGGCAGAACUUGUGGGACUCACAGCUAGUAUCAUUCAGAUCGCUGGCGUUGGCGUCAAGCUAUCAACAACCCUAUACGAUUUUGUCGGUUCAGCAGCCCGGGCUGACCAAGAAAUCGCUGCUAUCGCGGGAGACGUAGAGCUCACAGCAAACGCUCUCGACAGUGUUGGCAAGGUCUUUGAGAACAAGGAUAUCCAGUCAAUCGUGUCGAACAGGGCGAUUCAGGACGCGAAUAACCUCAUCAAGCGAUGCGAAGCUGUUUUCAAAGAAAUCUCCGAAGUUCUGGAUAAGAGAAGAAAGACGUGGAAGAAUGGCAAGAAGAGCCUAAGCACAUUGGGAAAGUUGUCCUGGCCGAUGAAAGAGCAAAGAGUCGAGCUUCUUCGCCGGCGUCUUGAGAGUUUGAAGAAUAGCCUCAUGUUGCUGCUUCAUGUCAUCCAGUUUGCCAACGGGCAAGCUAAAGGGGAAUUCGAGAAGAAGGCCCUUGAAAAAGAGUGUGAGAAGCUUCGCCAACUUCAUGAGUGCCAACAAGAGUCCCUAAGACGCCUUCAAGUCAUCGAAGGCAAACUAGGUGAAGUAAACUUGGAUGCUGACGAGACCCUACGAAAACUCGAUCCAUAUUCACCAAUUCCUAUCAUUGAGCCUAGCACCACGUCGACCCUAUCGAGCCCGGACGACCAGCUCAUCGCAAAGUACAAUACAGAGAGACCUGUAAUGCUAUAUAGUUUGGAAACUUCUGACAGCGACGACGCAACUACCGACGAUGAGGGAGAGCACUUGACAAUGGUCGAGCUAUCUCAAUGCGUAGAACAUGUUCAAAAGCUGCUCCAGAGGAUCUCAGUGCUCCAACAGACAUUCGAAGCCACACAGUCGACAAGCCACUGCCCCAAGAAUCGGGUUUAUAAACAUUACCGUCGCUUCUGUCGGAAGUUUGAGUCCGAGAUGAUGCCUACAAAAAGCGCAAAUCCUCCUACCCCUUUGCCUCAUUCGAAGAUUAUUCCACCAGUCAAUGAUAUGUAUGAUUCUGAGUCAAGCUCUCAAUCGGCUUGUGUAUCGCCUAUGCAGCAGAGAAACCGCGCCUACAAACGCACAGAGGAACCUCCACGUAACAUAAACGGCAAGAUGGUCUGCAAGCACCAAGAGUGUUCCAACAUCACCUUCAACCGCAAAUACGAAUGGAGCAAACACAUGAACAAGCACGAUCGUCCUUACAAGCGCCAUAUCGAGCGCUAUGAAAAACCACAAGUCUUCAAAUACAGUGCAGGGUUUCUGUGUGACGAGCGUGAAAGCCAACAGAUGCGUUGUCAACGAUCAGCGAUAGCAAGGUGUAGAUUAGGCGACAGUAUCUCUGAUACAAGCGACGAGUCAGACGCCCGUCCUGCAUCCAAGCGAAUACGGAGAGAAAACGAAGAGGAAGAUGUACGACUACCAGUUUUCGUUCGAGAUAGAACACAUGAUUACUACAAUGAAAUUCAUCAUAAUACGACGAUAGACCCUCCUUGGAGUCCACAAACGAUACAGGAUGACUCUGUUCUAUCUUCAGAGGAAGGGGAUAUUGUUAGCCUCCUUCUGGGAAUGUGGACAAUCCGGGUACACUAG